AUGACGAAGCGGUCUGCUACCUAGUUACCAAGCCCCGAUUGGUCCACGUUUGGUACCUACCCUGUUGGAAGGGGUUUCCUUUCGAUAGGGUGGUGGCGGUAACAGUGGACAGGUCAUAGGGGAUUGGAAGAAGACGAAGAGAAACAGAGGAUAUCUACGCCUCGGCGGAAGAGACCACUGUUCGCAAACAACGAAGAUCUAUCGCAAAACGACGACUGAUGGCAGGCCGGCUAGUUAGUUUGCUUUUCUUCGUUCUUCUCGUAUAUCUAGCACGAUUGCUGCAACGUAAUCGCGAGGCGUUGAAAGCCGCGUCGUAAUUUACACGAAACCGACGAGUUCUUUCCUCGUGAUUUUGGAUACAUCGAAGCUAUCAAGAUGAUGAAAAUGAAGCAGCAGCAGGGCCUUGUGGCCGAUCUAAUGCCCAACAUAAGGGUCAUGAAGAUGUUUGGACAUUUCGUAUUCAAUUAUUAUGACGACAAUUCGUCCAAGUACUUGCAUAAAAUAUAUUGCUGCGUGAAUCUAUUUCUAUUGCUGUUGCAAUUCGGUCUGUGCGCCGUGAAUCUGAUAAUCGAGAGCGCCGAUGUCGAUGAUCUCACGGCCAACACGAUCACCCUCCUCUUCUUCACGCACAGCAUCGUCAAGAUCAUUUACUUUGCCGUGAGGAGCAAAUAUUUCUACAAAACGUGGGGGAUAUGGAAUAAUCCAAAUACCCAUCCGCUCUUCGCUGAGAGCAAUGCCAAAUAUCACGCAAUCGCUUUGAAAAAGAUGAGGCUGUUGCUCUUCUUAGUCGGCGCUACCACCGUGCUCAGCGCGAUAGCAUGGACUAUUCUUACCUUCCUCGAGCAUCCGAUCAGAAAAAUUGUAGAUCCGGUCACGAACGAGACGACGAUUAUCGAGUUACCAAAAUUGUUGGUCCGUUCGUUCUAUCCGUUCGAUGCCAGUAGAGGGAUAAUGCACGUGUUGAUGCUCGUAUAUCAAUUCUAUUGGGUGCUCUUCAUGCUUAUUAACGCCAAUUCGUUGGAUGUACUAUUCUGCUCAUGGUUACUAUUUGCCUGCGAACAACUGCAACAUCUGAAGCAUAUCAUGAAACCACUCAUGGAGUUGAGCGCAACUUUGGACACCGUAGUUCCUAAUAGCAGUGAACUCUUCAAGGCCGGUAGCGCGGAUCAUCUCCGCGAAUCGGAGAAUACUCAGUCUCAAUUACCAGCACCUCCCCAAGGCGACAGCAUGCUAGAUCUCGAUCUUCGUAACAUAUACAGCAAUCGGCAGGAUUUCACGGCGACCUUCCGGCCGACUGCCGGGAUGACUUUCAACGGCGGUGUAGGACCGAACGGGUUAACGAAGAAGCAGGAGAUGCUCGUGCGGAGUGCCAUCAAGUAUUGGGUGGAGAGACACAAGCAUAUUGUCAGAUUGGUCACCGCAGUCGGAGACGCGUAUGGUUUCGCGCUUCUACUUCACAUGCUGACGACGACCAUUACUUUGACGUUACUCGCCUAUCAAGCGACAAAGGUGAACGGUAUAAAUGUUUACGCGGCCUCCACGAUCGGCUAUAUACUCUACACGUUUGGCCAAGUCUUCUUGUUUUGCAUAUUUGGAAAUCGCUUGAUAGAAGAGAGCACUUCGGUGAUGGAAGCGGCUUAUUCUUGCCACUGGUACGAUGGAUCGGAGGAAGCUAAGACCUUCGUGCAGAUCGUGUGUCAACAGUGUCAGAAAGCUAUGUCAAUAUCAGGAGCGAAAUUCUUCACGGUGUCUCUAGAUCUCUUUGCUUCGGUAUUGGGAGCCGUAGUAACUUAUUUCAUGGUGUUGGUGCAAUUGAAGUGAACAAUUGGGUUUGUGCGUUCCAGAUGCGGACGCAGUAUCUCGUAUUGCGCGCGGCUGUGCGAAAUUAUAUUUUUUAAGAUAUUUACAAGAGACCAAAUGUGGAGUAUUCAUAUUCAAAAAGAUUUCCGCAGGAAGAGUCCUGCGUUUUUACGGGCACAUAUAGUGAAAUAUUAAGUAAAAAAUUCUAAGAGAAAUUACACAAAAAAUUAUUUAAAAUCAUAUAGAAGCAAUAUAACAUAAAUAUCCCUUUUUAUCAUUAGACAAGUCAAUGAAAAAAUAAGUAGUUUUUCCGUUAAAAUGUAAAUUUUAACGCAUAGCUCUCUAUAUUUUCUUCUUUGCAUUUAUCAUGCAUGCAAUAAGUACAAUAAUGAAAAGGACGGUAACAUAAGCAUUUGUCGCGAUUCAUUUUCGUCUCAUGUACAAUUAAUUUGUCGCAAGUUUCAAUGCUGACGGGGAAGAUAUACGCUAAUAUUGUUUAAGAUGUACUGUGACAGCUCGUAUCGAUAUGUCGAUAAUAGGAUCGACAAUGGAAUGAUUGAGAAAGGUAUAAUAAUAAAUAUACGCGAAAGAAUUAUAGUUUUUGUUUAGCAUUAUUUCGCGUUCUCGAGCAUAAUAUAUUUCAAAAAUCGCGUCUGAAAGCAUGUACAUUAACAAGAUAGUGAAUAAUGUGUAAAUAGAAUAAUUAUAUUUAGUAAUAAGACAGUAAUCCGCUAAAUCGUAAUAGUAAUAUUAAAAUUUAGCAAUGGCACACGCUUUAUUAUAUGCAUGCAAGAAAAAGUAGCGUUUGUCUUGAUACAUUUAAAUGCACGUCAAUUUUUUUACUAAUUAUAUUUCUUGCAUUCAAUAUUAAAAAUUAGAUUACGCAAAAAUAUAUAUUAUAUAGAUUUAUAUAGAUAGCUCGACAAAUUAUUUAUAUAAAUGUUGUUUUUUUAUUAUCUUGCAAAUUUUACAGCUUAAUUAAUUCUUAUAUAAAUUUUCUUUUUAUUUGCUUUCUAUCUCCUUCUAGAAUAUUUCUUAGUAACGAUUAGAUUUCAGAUACAUUUUAGGCUUUCUAGCACAGAAAAUGCGUUUUGACACGUAAUACGAUUUAUUAAUCUCCAUAUUUAUUGUCACUUAACCCUCCGAGGGAAUAAUCAUUAAACAGCCCAUCGAUUUUAUUUCUUAUCACACAUCUACUAGAAGAUUAAAGUAAGAAUUCGUCAAUCAAUGAGAUACGUAGCAACGAAUACAUAGUCGCGAGUCAAAUAAAAAUCUUUGUCGCCUUGUAAGAGCGAAAAAAGGAUUGGCCUUAUGUCUCGAUGAGAUAAGAAAAGCGGCGAUACACAAUUGAUGUGAUACGUCAAUUAUUAAAUAUGGUACAAUUAUCAAAUAAUACUUAGGGACUUGGGAAUCUAAUAAAUAUAUAUAAAUAUAUAAAUAUAGAAAGUAAGAUAUAUAAUAUAUAUAUUUUCAUUAUAUAUGCGUAACACCACACGUGUGGAUGAAUAAACGUAUACCUAAUGUACCUCGCUUUUUAUAUUUCAUAAUAAUAAUAUAUCUCGAUGUUUCAAGUAUAAGAUAAUAUUUCCUCACAAUAUUUCGUCUAAGAUGUCCAAAAGGAUGUUUGCACCGUGCAUGGCUGCUCAUUCUGACCGUUAUACUAUAAAUAUAAAUAUAUACCUUUCAUCGAUGCGGAUAUCGUUUUACGAGACGAUGCAAGAUAUUUUUAUGUUCUUUGUCGGGGAUACAGCAAGAAAUUCAAUGUACAUUGUUGAGAGAAGAAGAAUAACGUAAUAUACUCUAAAGAAAAAAAAA